UCUACCGACAACAAAGUACCGCCAACUAUGGCUGCAAGAAUCCUCGUUAUAAACCCCAACUCCUCCAUCUCCGUUACCAAGGGCUUAGAAGAGUCCCUCCAAGCACCACCAGGCACAACUCUUUCCUUCUACACCGCUCCCCCUGAUGCUCCGCCAUCGAUCGACGAUAUGAAAACUGGCGUUCUCAGCGCGACAUUUUGCUUUAACGACAUUCUUGCAAGGAGCCUGAUAGACCAACACGAUGGUUUCCUUGUGAGCUGCUUCUCUGACCACCCCUUGAUCGCUAUGCUGCGGGAAACCACCGUCAAGCCCGUGAUUGGUAUUCUUGAAGCUGCGAUCACACAUGCCCUGUUCUCAGGUCAGCGGUUUGGAAUCCUUAGCACUGGGACGGGAUUCCGUUAUGAUCGACACGACGAAGUACGACGCUUCUUUGGAGGGGCGACAGCGAAACUGGCAGGCAUUAUCAUGAGUGGACUUGGGGUUGUUGAAAUCAGGGAGGGUGACCCGGACAUCGUCAACAGAAAGUUGAGGGAUACGAGUAAACAAUUGGCUCUACUUGGGAGCGACGUCAUAAUAUUAGGUUGCGCAGCUAUGGCCGGCAAAGAACAAAUUGUGAUUGACGGGGCGAAGGAGGCUGGCAACAGUGGCCUGCGUGUGGUGGAUGGAAACAAGGCUGGGGUAGAGCUUCUUGCGGUUGUUUUGGAUUGCACGUGGUUUAUGCCCAACUCUCCUCGGGUCGCAAGGGCAGAAUUCAAUGCAAAGCGCAUUGUGGGUUCAAGAUUUCUCGACCUUGACGAAGUCGCAAGCCCUCACGAACUGGGACUAAAGCAUAUGAUGCCCAGUCCACAGCACUUUGCUCAAGCUUGUGGAGAGAAAUUCGGAAUCGAACCAUCCUCACAUGUUGUGUUGUACGAUGCUCAUGGUGUAUUCUCCUCACCGCGCGGUCUGUGGAUGUUCAAGAGUUUUGGUCAUCAGAAUGCAUCUAUUCUUGAUGGCGGGCUCCCCCGCUGGGAAGCAGAAGGCUUUCCUGUCGACACCAGCGAACCAGAUAUGUCUUCACCGCCCAAGGUGGACUAUCCUGCUCCGUCUCUGGCUCCAGAUGCAAUUCGAAGCUAUGAACAAAUAGUUGCGAAUGCCUUGAAAAUUCCCCUUCAAACACCUGACGCAGAGAUUGUGGUAGAUGCCCGGAGCCGUGGAAGAUUUCUGGGAACUGAUCCAGAACCUCGUCCUGGUAUUUCGUCUGGGCAUAUCCCCAACUCUUUCUCGCUGCCAUUCAAUGUCUUCCUCGAGGAUCACGUUAGUCCAACGGGCAUGAAAUAUUCAACAUAUCUCUCUGAAGACAAAUUACGCGAUGCUAUCACCGAAGCACUGGGAUUAGAACGUGCUCAAGCUGUGUUCAAGGGGGAUGUUUCAGUGACUGCCAGCUGUGGAAGCGGAAUGAGCGCGGCGAUUCUUUGGCUGGGUUUACAGCUUAUGGGAGUGCGUGGUGUAGGGCUUUACGAUGAGUCCUGGACUGGUUACGGUCUCCGACCCACCAGCGUUAUCGAGAAAUCGAGUUGA